UUGCUUCACUUCCUCAUACGCUCAGAGCAAGAUUAAUUUACUUUCAUUACCAUGUGGAUUUACAGAUUAUUUCCACCGCUGUGUCUGCUCCUUUUAUUUGCAAAAACAGAUGCUCUCUUUGGUCAUGGUUUUAUUCGUUGCCUGUUCACAUCCCUUGAGGAUCUUGUUUAUCUGGAGCAAGUCUACAUGAAUAAGGAGCUUCUGCUCCAAUUCAACAGCACUUCGGGAAGGUAUACCGGCUACACAGAGCAAACAAUACAAAUUGCAGAUGGCUUAAACCAAAACUCCAGUUUUUUGAGAGAAGCAAAGAAGAAUGAAGAGAAAUGCAGAACCCACAUGAGAUGGAUACUUGAAAAUCUUUCAGGGACAGUCGAGCCAUACGUCAGGCUGAGGUCAGUCGAGGCAGUGGGCAGCACACAUCCAAGCAUGCUCGCCUGCAGUGCUUACAGCUUUUAUCCUAAACGAAUUCGAAUGACUUGGCUGAGGAAUGGACAAGAGGCGACAUCUGAUGUGUCGUCCACUGAAGAACUGCCAGAUGGGAAUUGGCUCUAUCAAAUCCACUCCUAUCUGGAGUUUACACCCAGACCAGGAGAGAAAAUCUCCUGUAUGGUGGAGCACGCCAGCUUGAAGCAGCCCGAGAUUUAUGACUGGGAGGCGGUGACAGAUGAAUCAGAGAGGAACAAGAUGGCUGUUGGUGCAGCUGGUCUGCUGCUGGGUCUGGUGUUCUUCUUAACUGGGCUGAUUUACUUCAGAUGCAAGAAGAAUGCUGCUGGACGGGUGUUGGUUCCACAAAGUUGAGAUUUGUAUUGAAAGGAGGUUCCUGGUGUGUACCCCAUGUAUCAAAGAGUCC